UUACACAUAUUCCCUAUCCAAUUGAGACAUUUACAUGAUUCUCAUAGAAACACACAACAACUACUAAUCGAUCCACACCUCUUUUUAGUUUUACUUUUGCAUCAAAAGGUGCCUUUGAUGGGGCUCCCAAAAAUAGGAUCAAAGUCGGACGACCACGUGUCUUAUUGGAAGCUAUUGCCGGAGCGUCUGGAUUUACAGCCGUCGCUUCCACCAUGGACAAAGAGCCAAUUAAAAAGGCUAAAAAGAAAGGGUCGACGCAGUUGACCAACCCUCCUCAAGGUCCUCCGCCAACAUUUAAUGCGGCUGAUCAGGAAGGAUUUGGUGGCACGAUUGCUGCUUCUUCCCGUGGUGGAGGGUCUGGUUCAGGCACUGGAGGGCUAGGGAUUGAUCUGAAUGUUGAUCCAAUGGAGGAGGACGAAGGAGGGAGUGCAUCUGGUGUUACUCCAAAGUUUGAUUUUAACAGGUCACCGUUUGUUUCCGUCUUCUUGUAACACCAGAUGCAGCAUUCCCUCCUUCGUCCUCCUCCAUUGGAUCAACAUUCAGAUCAUUGUUUUCUUCGUAACAUUGUUUUCUUCCG